UCCGUUGCAGUUUCUCGUUUUGUGACGAUCUACAAUUUAAAGUAAAAUCAAAAGUUACUAAAAUGUUUACCGCGCACAAUUUUUAACCGAUAUUUUAAUAGUAUAUAUUAGUUAUUAAUAUUUAUUCAUAAGAAAUAAACAUAGUAUAUUUAAAAUGAGUGAUAAUAUCAAAGUAGUUGUAAAAGUCCGGCCUCUUAUUCCUCGUGAAAUAGACGAGAAGCUUUCUUACCAGUGGCGAAUAAACAAUAACACUUUGUAUCAAAUAGACCUAAGUGGAAGAGAUGUAGGUCCAAGUUUUACAUUCGAUAAAGUGUAUGACACUACGACUAAAACUGAAGAUGUGUACAAUGAUGUUGCCAAACCUAUUGUGGAGGCUGCGACAACAGGUUUCAAUGGAACAAUAUUUGCAUAUGGUCAGACAUCCUCUGGCAAAACUUAUACCAUGACAGGCACCGAUGAGGCUCCAGGAAUUAUACCUCUUGCAGUAUUCAAUCUGUUCGAUAUUAUAAAAAGCAUACCCGAUAGAGACUUUUUGGUCAGGGUGUCCUAUGUUGAAAUAUAUAAUGAGUCACUGAUAGAUCUCCUCAACUUGAACAAUAAAGUCAAAAUCCAAGAGACCCAUAGCGGUGUAAAGUUAUGUACCACCGAGAAACUUACGGUCUCACCGGACGAAGUGCUGGAAUUAAUGGAGCAGGGUAAGGCGAACAGACAGACUGGCUCUACAAACAUGAAUGAGGAGAGUAGCAGAUCACAUUCGAUUUUUCAAAUUACGAUAGAAUCCCGGGAACACAUCGAAGGUGAGCAGGAAGUUGGCUCAGUGAAUGUGUCACAGUUGAACCUUGUAGACUUAGCCGGCUCUGAGAGAUCAGGACAAACCGGUGCAACCGGUCUCAGAUUCAGAGAAGGGACGCACAUCAACAAAUCGCUCUCAGUUCUGGGUCUAGUCAUCAAACAACUGUCUGAAGAUCAAAAUAAACAUGUCAACUACCGCGACAGUAGGUUGACGCGUAUCUUACAAAACUCCCUCGGAGGUAAUGCGAAGACGGGCAUAAUAUGUGCGGUCACACCAGCAGCCGUUGAAGAAACUAUAUCGACAUUACAGUUUGCAAAUCGUGCGAAAGCCAUCAAGAACACUCCAGCCGUGAAUCUUGUGACCACGAGCGCUACGAUGAUACAAUCGCUCACCAAACAACUCUCGUCGCUUAAAACACAACUAGAGAGCAAGAAACAUGUUGAGCAAGACAACUGCAAUCUACAGAGACAGAUCGCGAACCUGCAGAGGCUGAUAUUGAAUGGUUUCGGUCAAAACCGUAAUCCCGACGUGACGAGCAGCGCUCGCAGGAAGCUGCACCACCCGCGACGUGUGACCAUAUCAACCUUACAUCCGAUACAAGAAGAUCCAAUUCCUAAUAUACCAAAGUUUUGUACUCCCAGCUUGAAAUAUAACCCCUUGGCCCUACACGGUCGUGAGUCAAUUCCUUCGGGAUCAUUUCUAAGGCCGGUGUGCGAGGAGCGCGCGGUCACGCCGCCCAACGUGCGCAUCGACGAAGUCAUAGAACUUGACAGUGAGGACGACGAUUCAAGUGACAUCCAGCCCUGUUCACCGUAUCAUAGUUGCUAUCAAUCAAAAACUCCCCCUUGCAUCUUAAGGAAAACUGCAAAACAGGCUGAGAAAAACUUGAAAGACAUAGUUGAGCUAACAGAGAGGGAAAAGAUUUAUACACCUAAUAUUGUUGAACUCAUGGAGAAAUUAGAAGACAAGUCUUUAAUAAUAGGCAAGCUAGAAGACGAUAUAGUCAAUUUAAAUCGUAUCAGCAAUGAGAAGGACAAAGAAAUGGAGAGACUCAAGUGUAAAAUUAAUGAAGCUGAAGAGAAAAUUAUGAAUAUUACCUCAAUUAAGGAGAGUUUAGAGCAAACCUGCAAAGAACAUAAUACGAAGCUUACCGAUUGGGAAGUGAGCUAUGAAACGUUAAAGAAAAAGUCUAAGAGCAGAGAAGAUGAACUGCUGUCGUUACUUGAAGAAGUGAACAAUAAAAAUAAAAAUAAAAACAUAGGUAAAUUAUCGUCAAAAGCAAUAGAGAGGGAACUCAAAAACUUUAUGGAUCUAUCGAGAGAUAUAUCUUUAGUGAACAGCAGUCUCGAAAGCAGUGUAUUGGAAACUGAACAGUGUCCAAACUAUUCUGAUUUGAAAGCACAGAUGACAUUAAAAGACCAGACCAUAGUACAGUUAGAGGCUAAUCUACACUCCCAGAAACUCAAAAUAGAAAGCUUGGAGGAGAAAAAUGACAAAUUUAAAGAAAUUAUAUCGGAUCUGAAUGAAAAAUUGUCUUUGUUGGACAAUGAAAACUCGCUGUUAAAGACUUCAAUGGAAAGUUUGAACAGUACUAUUAGCGACCAAAAAUCUCUCAUUGAGGCAGCCAAUGCGGAGAUUGAAUCUUAUAGCCACUUAAUUCGAGAACAACAAAUUAAAGUGACCAAAAGUGACGUCACAACUAAAAAUAUAAGUGGCUCAGAUCUGGAAGCUAUAAUAACAAACGAAGAACUGUUCAAGACGAACAACGAGAACAUGAAAAAUAUUGUACGAACCCUCAAAGAGGCGUUGGAGUUACGGAACGAGGAAAAAGAGAAGCUUAAGGCCAAUCUAAAUGAUAAUAAAAAUCUAGAAGCUUUACAAACGGAACUGGCAACGAAGAAGACUGAAAUAGAUUCACUCAAAAAUGAGAUUGAACGUCUCAAUAGCGAGUGUACCAAUAACAUUUCGAUUAUAGACACUUUGUUACAAGAAAAGAGUAAUCUCAUAAACAUUGAACAACAACUCACUGAUAAAUUAACAAGUAUUCAGGAAGAGAAGAGUUUACUUGAAAAGCAAAUAAACGAGCACAACGAUGAUAUUGAUACACUCAAAGAGGCCAACAAUAAGGUGUCCUUAGAACUAAAUGAAAAAAUAUCAACAAUUAAAAAAGAAAAUGAUAGUAAGACCAGAGAUAUGUGCCAGAAGAUUAGUAAACUAGAGAUCGCUGUAAGAGACAAGGAAGAAAUAAUUAAAAGACUAAAGAAAGAAGGGAACGAUACUCAAGAAAUUAUUGAUAAAGGAAAAUUAGGUUUGAAGAAAGUUCAAGAUAUCAUAAGUUUACUCAAAGGAGAAAUAAAUGAAAUACCCGAAUACGUUGACAGUCUAGUGGCUGCUUUUAAUGGUUUGGGCGAUAAUCUGACAGUACUGGAAGAUAUAGCUAGAGAUGUAGUCAAAGAAAAGAACGAUGUACUCACUAAGCUCCAACAAACUGAACACGAACUUAAGUUGCUUAAAACCAAAAUAAGGGAAUUGGACAACGAAGUAGACGAAUUCAGUGACGAAUAUAGAAACGCUGUGUUAGAAGAAAUAAAAGAACAUGUGUUGAAACAAGACUCUGUUGACUGUGAAACGAGUGACUGUGAUAAGUUAGUGAAGAAAAUUAGUAACCUCCUGCGUACUAUUAAAUGUGCACAAAAAGUUCUCAUACAGUCUGUCGACUGUAAGAGUUCUGAAUUAAAUGAAUGUCAAACGUUAUGUGAAAAUAUAUCCAAAGAUUUAGAGAGUGAAACAAACAAAAAUAACAUGCUGUCGCAAGAAGUCAAUACUUUAAUGUCUAGUCGUAUUGCUACUAUGAAGAACAUUCUAGAGAAAGUAACAGAUUUAUCUACAAAGUUUGGUAUUGAAAACGAAGUGUCAUGUGAUUUUGAUGAAGAAUACGAAACUGGUUACAAAUAUGUAGUAUUAACGAUUGAUAAAAUAGAUAAUUAUAUCACAGUCCUCAAAUCAGAACAAUCUAAAUGUAACGAGGUCGAGAAUUCACUAGGAGAUGCUAAUAACAAAAUCCUACAACUGAAUGAAGAAAAUUCCAAAUUGAAAAAAGGGAUAGCCGACUUAGAGGCAAAUAAAGCUCUUUUAACAAACGAAAUAAGAAAAGUUCAAGAAGACAGCAAACAUCUAACCAAAGAUUUAAAGGAUACUAAUGAUUUACUGAACCAUUUACGUGAAGAAUUGAGUACUAAAUCCAGCGAAAUGGAUAUCAUUGAAAAUAGAGCUAAGAGUUGGAAGAACGAAUUCAUUGAUCUCGAAGCCUUGAUGCAGGAUAAAAUUAAUAUUUUGGAGGCCGAAAACAUGUCACUGAAAUCGAAAUACUCUGAUAUAGACAUGCGUCAUGUGCCGCAGAUAAACGAUGACGACAGUUUGGCGUGCGGGGAUCGAGAAUGUUACUCUAGCAAACAAAAUAAUUACAAGCAAGUGAAUUCGCCACCGAGUCUAUUGACCAUAUGUUGCAAUAGAAUCGCGGAUGCUAUCGAUUUCAAUGACGAAAAAUCAAUUACCUCGUCUAGUUCGUGUACCGAUUACAAUGAAACCAAAUUUGAUAAAUGCCAGUGCAAAGAGCUAUUAGCUGAUGUAGGCAAACUCGUGGAAGAGAAACAUAAGUUAAACGCUACCAUUGAACGGUUGCAGAGCGAAAACGAUAAACUGAUAAGAGAGAGGGAAGAAGUCCAAAGAGAGGUACAGUCACUGUCAGAACAUUCAUACGAAUUACAAAAGCGUGUACUCAACCAUCGCACCGUGCUGUCCACACUGACCGCGACAACAUACGCAGAGAACAAAUCGCUCAGUUCCCAAGUUAAGUUUUUACAACACCAUCAUAAUAGGUUCCACCACGUUUGUCAAAAAGACAUACCGGCUUUUAAAAGGCAGUUACAAGAUCUUAUGUUAUUAUUAAAGUCGGAAUGCUUAGGGAAACAUAACGACAGCUUCAAACGGUACUCACUGCCCAAUGCUUUAGACACAAGUUCAUUACACUCUACAUUCAAAAACGAGUCUACUUUCGAUAAUGACCUUCUCAUGUUAGACACUAAUGUAACACUCACCACUUGCGACACCACUAUGACAGCCCAUAACCAAACGUGUUUCGACGUAACACAAGUUUGCAUUUCGAGUGAUGUAGCCUGUCAAACGAGCUUUAACGAAGUGACUAAAUCCCCAUUAUAUCCUCAGAUGGAUUUGGAACCGCUAGACGAGAAGAAAGCUAUAGAAACAUUAGACUCGCUUAAGAAUGAAAACGACAAGUUGCGUGAAUUGGUAGAUGAUUACGCUAAAAGUAAAUCGAAAGCUCUCGUCACAACGCUCACUAGCCCUAUCAAAAUACCGGACAUCGCGGAAGAUGCUUGUCCAAAAUGUGAUAAAUACUUGAAUGACAUACGCCGCUCCAAUGAAUCGCAUAAGAACGAAAUCGAAGAUUUGUCAAAGAGAUUAAACGAUCUUGAACGCGAAAAAGAUGAAAUAUCCAAAAAAUAUCACAAUCUUACCUUGGAAAUACCGUCUAGUGAUGCCUUAGUAAGAAAAUUGACCGAUCUGGAAAAAAAAUAUCAAGUCAAAGUCAAUGAAAUUGACAAACUUACCGCAACAAUUGAUAACGCUAAUAAAAAGCUCAGCGUUCUACAAGAAGAAAACGACAGCUUAUCCAAUGAAGUGAUGGAAAAGAUAGAGGAAAUUGAUGCUCUGAAGAAAGAACAGGAUAAUUUAAAAGAUAACAUAAAAUUAAAUGAAGAAUGUCUAAAUAAACCGUUAGAUUUAGAAUCUCAGAGUAAGACUGUCUGUGAAAACUGUGCCUUAAAAGACGAGACGAUAAAUUCAUUGCGAAAUAGAAUACUAACGGCCGAAUCACAUUCGAGGCUGGAUAGAAGUUACAGCGAUCAGGAUAGUUCGUCUAGAUACAACAAGAUAUGCACGUUACAAAAUGAAUUGCAUGCAGGCAAAGAGGACUGUAUAGAAUUAAAAGAAGAAGUCACUACUAUAAAGAAACACUUGGAACAUAGCAAUUUAUCUAUGUCACAAAAUUUAGAUCUGGACGAAAGUAUUAUGGACACGCACAUGUAUAGCUUUAAUAAAGAUUACGGGAAUGCUAACGAAAACAAAUUCGACGCAUCCAAAGUUUCCGAGGCGCAAGCCGUCGAUGUAUACUUCUGUGAUAAAACUGACUGUCUCAAUUAUUAUAGCGAAAAAACUGGUGCUAAAAUAGGUAGUCUGAAUUCUGAAUAUAAAAUCAUAGACGUUAUGAAGAUGCUGUUUGAAGAUUUUUCAAUCAAACACGCAAAUGAGGUCGAAAACUUGGUUAAUAAACUGAGAGACCUUGAUGAAGAGAAAAGCGAUCUUCAGAUACGAAUGAAUAAACUCGUUAAUGAACAAUCUGGUGUGAUGAAGGCGCUCAAAGAAAAGGAUGGAUACUUGCAGAGAUUUGCCGAUGUUGUAUCUGAAGUACGAAAAAACAUUAGUGGGAUAAAUGAUAAACUAAAGACUGAAGAAGCGAUAGUUGCUUUUAGGAGUACGGUUUUAAAGGUGGUUGAUGCAGAAUUUGGACUCACUAGUUCUAAUGCAUUUGAAGCUAUCAUAAAUAAACUCAAUGGAAACUAUGAGAAGGAUUUAAAGAGAAAUACGGAAGAAAUCGCUCAAUUGAAAGAGCAUAUACAAAAUAUGGUCGCUGAGUCGAUUUCUGUUAACGAAAGUUUACAAGCCUUAAAGUCUCAGCUAACUGAAAAAGAGUCAAAUUAUGAUUUGCUUCAGAGGCAAAAAAAUAAAAUGUUUGAAAUUAGCAAUGCGGUUACCAUUGAUAUAAUUAAAAAAGAUAAAGAUUUAAGGGACCAAUUAUCUCAUUACUAUCGCAAGCUUCUCAUUAAUAAUAUAAUAAAGGAAGAAAUUGAUUCAUCUUUGCCGAUCGAUCAGUUUUUAGAUAAGUUAUUUAAUAGUGUAUUAAACACGGAGCUGGCGGGUCGCAAGCUUGAAGUCGAUGUGGAAAUAGAAAACUUAAGGUGUAGUCUGCAGCAAAAAGAUAAAGAAACGCAGUUACUGGCUGAAGAGUUGAACAGAAAAGCCUUGGAAUAUGAGAACAAUAUAGCAGACCAAAUAUCACUGCACGCUGAUUUGAAACAGAUCUACGAACAGAAAGUUAGAGAGAACGAAAUUAACACGAACACUAUUAGUAAAUUAACAGAUGAAGUAAAUCUAUUGAAGCAGAAUGUUUCAAGUAAAGAUAAGACUAUUGAAUCGUUAGAGAAGAAACGAAGCGAGCAUCUCACGGAACAGCAAGCUAAGGAGUUGGAAUUUAUUAAGAGUUUACAAAUGUGCCAAAAGGAAUUAGAAGUUCUGAAUUCUGUGAACCAAGUACUUCUAAGAGAAAAGGAAACAUCCGGCGUUGAAAUGGAAAAUCUUAAAAAAUUGCUUUACGAACAGGCCCUUGAUAUUGAAAAAAUGACCACGGAAAUAGAAUUUUUGAAACGAACAGUGCGUGAGAGCUCUGAUGUCAUUGAGAGCUUAAAUCUUAAAUCCGACACGUUGCUAGAGGAGAAUGAUUCGCUCAAAAAGCAAAUGCAAGAAAAAUGUACGAAUUGCGCAAGAUUAGAAACUAAUAUUCGGACCCACGAAAAGACAGCGGCGAUCCAAACUAAAAUUAUUAAUAGGCUACAAAGUCAAAAAGCUGAAAUUGAUAAAGCUAACAUUGAAAAAGAAACACAAAUCGAAGAAAUGACACAGAAAUAUAAAUCCUUGGAAGAGGAAUGUCAAAAACUCAACACUGAAGUACAGACGUCUAAGGAAGAGAACGAGAAGUUGAAAGAAUUGAAGCACACUUUGGAGCUGAAAAUAAGGGAGCUCCAAUCCGCUGAAACAAAGCCAAGAGUGUCUAUGGACUGCGUGCCGGAGGCGACGAGGCGACGUCGGCAGAGCAUACAAGACUCUAAGAGGAUAUUCUCUGAAGAUAUCGAAGAUCAUAAAAAACUCGAGGCAAUGUUCAAAUCGAAAUCGAAGCCGGACGAUUUGUUCAUGGAUGUUGAUGAGGACAGCUCCAGUCGGAGCACUCCCAUCAGGCUUAGCAGAGGACGUGACAGUCUACUCUCUAAACACGACCAGAGUGAUACCAACGAGGAGCAUUCCCGUCCAAGCAGCGUAGCGGCGAGCCGACGACGGCGGCAGAGUGCUUACGAUCUUCAGCGGAGUGUGCAGCACAACGAACAACAAGUUGCAGAUAAUUCACACGAGUCUUCUGGCAGCUUAGACAGUGAAGCAGCUCACUUUAAACGGUUGCUGGUUUUGUGCCAGCGUGAGUUGGAGGAACUGCGUGAACGAUUCAAGGAGGUUGACGAAGAGUGUGACACUUGCGCCAUGUACCUGAGGGAGAGGGACGAACAGUGUGCCAGGCUUAAGAGGGAAAAGACGGCUUUAGAGAAUACAAUCAUGGAACUGAGGGACAAGAUGAAAACAAUGAAUCCUAACGACAGUACAAAUAUUAAGAGCACAUUCAAGGAUGUUUCAGUUAAUACUGAAGAAGAUUGGACGAAUCUGCACUCAGUGGUUGUGGAUCGGAUGUCCUACGACGCUGAAGUUGAAAAAAACAAAAGGCUGAUGAAAACUAUUGAGGAAUUGAGAUACAAGAAACAAGAUCUCAAAAAUACUAUGGCAAAGAUGCAGAAGGCCUUAGACAGAAAUACAAAUAAAGACAGCCAAGAGUUCGAGGCCAUGAAAGUCGAGCUAGCGACGUGUAAGCGGGAGUUGGAAGAACUAAAAGAAAGUUACAAAGCUCUUGACGAGGAAUGUGAAACGUGCGCCGAAUAUUUACGAGAAAGGGAACAGCAGUGUCAGAAGUUAAAGGAGGCUAAGGCUGCGUUGGAGGCCAAGUUAGAAGAAUACCAACAAUCCAGUAUUGUCCAGUCUGUACGUAAGCGACGCCAAACGCUACACGAUCAAAACAGACUCACGCCUCAACGGAUAGAUGUCGCUACUGAAACUAGUGAUGAUUUAUUGAUUUACCAAGUGGAGAAAGACAAUUCCAAACUCAAUUUCGAGGAUUCCAAAGAAAUGAAGAGGCUUAAAACGAUUGUUGAAAAACUGUCUCAACAGAAGACUUCGUUGGAGCAUCAGCUAGCAUCGGUCGGAACACAAUAUGUGGCCACUGGAAGUGCUAUUGUACAAAACCAACAGCUGUCAGAUGUUAUGAAAGAAAAUCAAAAGCUGAAGAAAAUGAAUGCGAAACUUGUCACAAUCUGCAAGAAACGCGGCAAAUCAAUAGACUCCAACAGAGAGAACGAGGAUCCUAUACAGCAAAACGUGAAGAAAUAAUAACAAAAAAAUAUUCUUUGUUACACCAACUAUAUUAUUAUGGAAGCUGGCCUUUUGAUUUUGAUUUUGAUUCAACCAAUUUGUCUGUGUAACGUGGCAAUUUAUUUAAUUUUGUUUAUCAUAUACGAACCGAUUAACAGUAUUUUUUUUUUUUAUUACUGGACGAAAUAGGACAUUCCAGAAGCAUUUAUUUCAUUACAGAAAAUUAACGUAUACUAAAAUUGUUAAUCGUUGAGAAUAAGAGAGCUUUUAUAAAUAUUAAAAUAUAUAUAACAUUGACGGGGUGCCAUCAUUGUAUCUUAAUUAUCGCUUCAUUCAAAAUGAAGCAUCACUGUACUUAACUGAAUGAUGUCACUAUUAUUUGAAUUAAAUUUCUUAUUCUAUAUUUAAAAUUCAUAUAAUGACGUCCAAGAUGGAAAGCGUUCCUAAAAUAUUUUUCUAUAAUUUUUUUAAUCUAUUUUACUUGAGCUUGUAGAAAAAUAAGUUUGGGAAUAACUUGCUUUACUAAUUUAUGCACAAAUUACGAGCACGCGUUUUUAAUAAUAUUCGAAAAAAAGAUGAUCGAGUAAUAUUAGAGGUAUUUUAUGUUCUGUAAUUGUAUGCGAUGCCUGCCAUUAAUAUUACUAUUAAAAUGAUUGAAUGACCAUUUUAA